AUGGAUAAGCGAAAGCACCCCUUUGCUCUCUUAUAUGCCCACAACGAAAGUGUGUUUCACGAGAUCGCCAAGUGCACGACUGCGAUCCUAUUCUUCGGAACACCGCAGAGAGGCAUUGAGCGAAGCAACUUUACAGAUGUUGUCGGCUCUUUGACACAGAUACUGCCAAAGGAAACAACUCGCAUUGUAAGUGCGUUGCAGGAAGGAAGUGACACUAUCGCAAGAUUGCACUCGGAGUUUGGACAACAGAUCUCAAAAUACAAAGUGGUCAGCUUUUAUGAAACGCGGGAAACCAAGCUACCUUCGUCGUCAUCAGCAUUGAUUGUUGAAAAGCACUCUGCUGUCCUGGAUGUGACGUGGGAGUCUCAAGUAGCCGUGAACACAGACCAUCAAAACAUGUGCAAAUUUGCAUCUCGGGAGGAUUACACAUAUCAGAAACUCCUGAAAAGCAUCACCAGUAUUCCUGAAACCCAAGCCGUUAUGCACAAAGUGACUCGGAAGAACACGAAUGGCAAUCAAUACUAUGUAGUCCCUUUCCACCCCACAGAAGAGUACACAGGUAAAGCAUAUCUUGGAGCAAUGCUCAAAGAAAAAUGUCUCCCCUCAGGGAGGACAGAGGACUUCAAUAAGAUCUUCGUUUUGUUGGGGGUGGGUGGUAUAGGGAAGACCCAGGCCUGCCUUAAAUUUGCUCAGGACUGGCGUGAAAGCUUUUGGGGUGUCUUUUGGAUAAAUGGUUCCACCGAAGCAAGCAUUCAACAAUCAUUCUUUGACAUCGCUCGAGCGUUCGGACUCGAAAGAGACAUUGGAGCAGUAAAGCGACAAUUAUCAAACGCAGCAGAGUGUUGGCUCCUGAUCAUCGACAACUUUGAUGAUCCUUCCAUAGGCUUGUCAAAAUUUCUCCCCGCCGGCAAUCAAGGAUCGAUUCUUAUCAGCAGCCGGAAUUAUCAAAGUAAAAUACACGAAACGGUCGGCUCAUACAAGGUCAGGUAUAUGGACAUCCGAGAUGCCGUGGAACUUUUCCAUCGGACUGCGGGCAGAUUCGUUCCCUCCGAUGACACGGCGGGGUUACGCGACGUAUUAUCGAGAGUGGAGAUGCUAUGGCUAGAAAAGAUAGUGCUGAUGCUGUGCCAUCCCUUGACAAUAUGUCUUGCUGGUGCCUACAUAAGAAAUAGUACCUCCACGAUGGAAGAGUACUACGAAUCUUAUCAUCGAAAACAGCAUCGUCUACAUGUCAUCCAAGAGCGGAGCAACAACUAUCCCGAUUCUACGCUACUUCCAGCGUGGGAGAUCUCUUUCGAACAUAUAGAAAGACUAGGUACUGAGGUCUCUCGUGACGCUAUUGAACUCUUCGAUUUCUUCAGCUUCAUCUCCUGUGAUGAAGUCGAUGCAGAGGAGCUUCUCAAGCAGGCUUGGAAUAACUUUAUGAUGCUCGAAAAGCCCUCUCGAUUUCCGAGGUAUCAGCUACGUGUGCUCUACAAUCCGACAAGCACGGAGUGGCAACCAUCUAGGCUACAGGAAGCUCUCAAACUAUUGGCAUCAUUCUCGCUGCUACAACAAGAUCGAAAUACCAAGAAAGUUUCCAUGCACCCUCCUUUUCGCGAUUAUGUAACUCGUCGCCGGAACGAAGAGGAUUCGUCCAAAUUAUCAUUCAUCACCGCCUCGACUCUAGCUUCUGCUACGAGCGCAAAUUUUGAAGAACUGGAUUACGGCUUCCAAGAAGAACUCCUGUCACAAAUUAGCUUCCUUUUACGCCGUCAUAACAAUGAUUUCGCCAGCGACAUUAGCUUCGGGAAAUGGCCAGAGGCCUUGAGCUCGUUUUCAAUGGCGUUUCGCAACGGCGGGCAACGCGAGAGGGCUCUGGAAUUCGAACUGACAGCGAUGGAGCUGAGGAGCAGACUUCUUGGGAGUGAGCAUCCAGAUACCUUGAGAUCAAUGAAUCGUGUGGGACGCUGUUUGCGUGAGCUUCAGCGCCCCCAGGAAGCGGUCGCACUAGACACACAAGUUUUGGAAUCGCGAAAGAAACUUUUCAGUUACGAGCACCCCGAGAUUUGGGAGUCUUUGGAGUGCCUAGCAACUAGCUACAACAUGCUAGGCCAACUGCAAGACGGGGUGUUAUUGAUGGAAGAGGUAAUGGCUGUAAAGGGGCUGAUCUUUGAAGAAGCGCACAUUGAAAGGCUCACGACUAUGACCCAUGUUGCCAGCUGUUACCGUGGGCUUGGUCGAUACAAGGAAGCAUUGAACCUAGAGCAAAGAGUGUUCUCGCGGAGACGACAGACCUUCGGCGAGGGACAUCCGGAAACCUUGAACUCGAUGAGAGACCUUGCCGUCACUUACGGCGAGCUUGGCCAGGAUCACAUGGCAGCCGAGCUGCAUAAAAAGGCUUUGGAAGUCAGUUUGCGUGUCUUAGGCGACAGACAUCCCGACUCUGCAACUUCAAUGCACAAUCUACUGGUCAGCUAUAGUAAGCUCGGAAAACACGAAGAAGCAGCAGCUCUAGCAGAGCGAGUACUCGACCUGAGGAGGGGUCUCCUCGGCAAUGAUCAUCCAGAUACGCUCCAAGCAGCAGAUACUCUUGCGAAGGCCUACGACACCACCAAUCGGCACCGAGAUGCCCUGAGAUUGAGGGAACAACUGCUGAAACUAAGAGCAAGACAAUUGGGCACUGACCAUCCGGCUACUCUGAGAAUAAUGGCUGGGCUUGCCGCAUCCAACGAGAAGAUUGGUUUUUACCAAAACGCUAUCCAGCUGAGAGAGGAAUUGCUACUGCUAUCUAAACAGCAACUUGGUCCUGAACAUCCAGACACGUUGAUCGUAAUAGCUGACCUUGCCACUGCCUACGAGAGUACUGACCGCCGCCCCGCAGCGGCAGAGCUGAGGGAGUUUUUGUUGCAAACAAAAGAUAGUACUGCGGGCGAUCAUGGCACACUAAAUCCAAUACGGAACCUAGACGUAGGCUCUGCUUCCGAUACAUACAGCAACUCAUCUGACGACGAAACAAUUGGCUCUAAAUUGUCCAACGUUUCCAAAGAUCCAACUAUCUCGACCCAAACGUCUUCCGGGUCCGAUCGAGUGAGUGUUGCCGAGCGUCUCGCUGUAGCAUUUGAAGAUGAUCUGAAUCUCCUCCUUUCUUAUGAGGAUUCACUGUUGAUCAUGAGCCGACGAAGAUUUGUCCGAAGUCACAUGCGCCUAUUGAAGGCCUAUUUCAAGGACGUACGUAUUACGACAUCAGAGCACCACCAGGCAAUUAGAUAUCUCUGUGGAGUAUCACAACGAAGAAUGAUAGCAGAGAAGAUUUGUAACAGAAAUUCAAUCGAUACUACGACCCAACAAGCAGCAAAGCAGACACUAGGGGAACCUUUGCAACUCAGUCGAUUCCAACUACCUGGCAACCCAGCCGGCGAACUCACCGGCUUGUUGAACAAUGAGCUUGAAGAACCAACUUCUUUGGACGAUGUUUCUAGUGACGACAGUGAUGGUUGCGACCGAGACACUUCCGAUUCAUUCGAUGAAACCAAUGUCACGGAAGUUGACAGAUUAGUGCAAUUACUCCUAAAUCAUGUUUCAUUCUCCAAGUAUAGAGACAAUCUUCGAAGCUUCAUCGGCCGGCGAUACUCUCCGCGUACGCUCCGCUAUGCGCUAAGUCUCGGUAAUGUGAACGCUGUACGCGGCGUGAUCGAGAGGCAUUUCGAGGCAGUAGCAAAGGACGAGUACGACUGGCUCGAAGAGCUGAAAAGCCUCGGCUAUGGCUCUUACGACAUCGCGGAACUCCUUUUGGACGACUUCAACAAAACGCCAUGGAUCUUUUUCCACGCCCCAGAGCCACGAGAAGUCCUCGGUUUUCAAGAUCUUCAUCGACCAAACUGCGUCCACCAAGGAGUUAAGGAAAUCAGUUCCGCGCCAAGAUUGAUCAUGACCGACUACGAGAAUGCUGAGGAUGUGAAGAGAUGGAUAGCUGAGCAAUGUGGUAUUGCAGGAGUAGUCCCAAAAUCUCGCAAGCUCGAAGAUUGGACUGGCGAUGUCACUUUUGCUGGUGACGCUCAGUCCGUGGCCUCGAUUACCUAUUUCAUUGCUGGUUCUCAUUUUGACAUGGUAUCACGCGUAUGUGGAGCGCUACAGAAAUUCUGCGGAAUCGUGUCAUAUCUGAGAAAGAAAGAGUUGUGCUGUAAUUCUUUCACUCUGUUGCAUUACGCUUUCGGACACGACUUCCCGGCAAUCGAACUCUCUCAAGUCAGUUUUGAACAUGCUUUCAACCUCCUCGUGCAGACGCGGCUACUCCUACACAACUGGGAAAGUCCCGGUAUUGUUCCGAAGUGCUUGCCCGAACUCAACCGCACAGCAGAUAUCAUAAUCAAGACUGUAUGCGACACGAGAAUACAUGAUCGGGAGGGUGAAUUGGAUUUCGAGAAGUGCUUCCAUACUGUAUCUUUGGCUGUUCAGAUCUUGAGCCUUGGGCUUUACUUGUAUAGUCAGGCCCACACGGGUGCUGUGCAUCCUUUCUUCUUGGUGCAUCCGCUACUUCGAAUCGGCCUUUUUGGUGCCCAACCACCUCCCUUGGAUUCGGAGAAGGCACAUAUAUAUGUAUCUUUGUCUCAGCUUACAUGCAUGGCUGGGGUGACUGGAGAUCUGGUUGCUGUUUUUGGAUCGCGCCGUUGCUCAGAAGCGGAGAGUGCUCAGAGAGCCUACGACCUGCUAGCUUCCCCCGAGGAUCUCGCAGACACUUGGGACGUGAGGAGGCUUGUUACUCAUGGUGGAAGACCGGAUAAGCACACUAUCAAUGCAGUGGAGAUAGGUGAUGGCCUCAUCAGCUCCACCGACGAAUUUGAAAAAUCAACAGAUCAUGAGAAUCCCAUUCUGAGACUUCACUGGAGCAGAAUAGACGAACCAGUGGAUCUCAAGAAGUCUUUUCACUUGCGUUCGAAAGCAUUGAUUGGUACUACAACGGUCAACGCCGGGUGUCCUGUGGAUGAGGAUCAGAGCUGGCUGCUUGCGCAGGAGCAGAUGGAGACUUUGGGUGCGGAAGAGGAUUAUUGGAAAGUCUACUCGAAACAAGCGGGGAUUCAGGGUGGGAAAUACCUUGUUGCCGCAAUCAACGUCACCUGGGUCAGACAACCAGGCACGACUCUCAAACAUAUCCAUCUGGGGCCCGAUAUCACACUCCCAUUUCUCCAGUCUGACUGGGGACUCCAGAUCAGCUGUUGCACUGGCGCCGCGCGGAGAGUUUCGCUUUGCAAUCUACUUGCCGAUGUGGCACCAAUCCUCAUGGAUGCACUUGUCCAGAAAUUGCCUGGUUGGAAUAGCUUGCAGGUGCGGCACAACAUGGCCGAGGCUUUGAAAGGAGACCAUUUCAGAGAUUGGUUCGACGGCUUGCCCCGUCGUUUACAAGGCGAUGCCAUGCACAUCAUCCGCUACGUCUUGCUAACGAUUCAAGACACUGGGAUCGAUCGCUCUAAUAAAAACCUUGUCGUUGCUUGGCCCCAAAAAGGCAACCCACUCGGGUGCUUCAAGAUUCCUUGUAGAAAGACCAACUCCUGGGCACUAAUGCUAGCCGACUCUGCACAUUGCGCGACGUUUGCUUAUGUGACCCCACUGUGUCUGGAGACGGACGAGUGCAAGUGUCAAAAGAGUGAGUCAGCACGUUGGCAGAACACCACCGCCGUGCUCAAUACUGCUGUCUCUCUCUUCAUCGACAAUAGAAAAGUAUCUGCGGUCUCGGUUAAGUCAUGGGCAUUGAGACAUGAGGAAAGUUACCUAAUCGGCAAGCCGGGGCUGAUUCUGUAUGGGAAAGUGGGAACUCCGACGUCACUGAUUACGGUACAUAAUUGGGCUCGUCUGUACCUCUCGACCAGCAGGAUUCCAAAAGCAUUUAAACGAGUAAAACCGGAGCGAAUCCGAGAAAAGCAGUGCACAAGUACACGAUCGCAGCAGGUUAUGGUCUUGGCGAAACACUGA